AUGUCAGUUUUAAAAAGUGUCAUUCCAAAGACGGGCAAGAUUGUCAGUCGAUUAGGCUUUGGGGGCUACCGUGUCAAUCAAGAAAGACAUGCACAGGCAUUAGUAGCUGCUAUUGAAAGCGGUAUUAAUAUCAUUGAUACUGCACAUAACUUUGGACAAGGUGCGUCGGAAAGAUGGAUUGGCAAUACAUUAGAAAAGAUGAUAUCAGACGGAAGAAUAUCAAGAGAGGAUGUUGCCAUAGUAACUAAAUCGGGCUAUUUAACCCCAUCAGAUGCUUCACUGUUCAGUCCUUCUGAUUACGUUCAAUUGAAUGAGAAAAAUUAUCAUUCAAUAAGCCCAAAAGUGAUUGAAAAACAGAUUGAAACGUCUCUUCAAAGAUUAAAGACAAAUAAAAUAGAUAUCUUCAUGAUCAAUGCUCCCGAACGUAUGCUGAUGGCAAAGAACAAGGUGUAUUCCACAAACCAAUUAUAUAAAGAUCUAUCUGAAAGUUUCCGCUACCUCGACAGCCUAGUAUCCAGUGACACCAUUAGCGGCUACGGCGUCUGUUCAAACACAAUGGCAUUCCCAGGAGCAGCAGAUCACGUUUCGUUGGAAAAGGUCAUUGAAUCAUGUUCGCAUAUCGAUCACUUUGCAGCCAUUCAGGUCCCUUUUAAUCUUUUUGAACGAGAAGCGAUCGUACAAGAAGACAAUCAAACUGUUGCUGACGUUGCCGAGAAGCACGGUAUUUAUAUCACGACAAACAGACCUCUGAACGCUAUUGCCAAUGGACAAAUACGCGUCUUGGUGAAUCACGUGUUAGGCGCUAACGGAAAGGGGCCCACCGAACAUGAAAUCAUGGACAAGAUGAGUCAAUCUUUUGAACGAGUCGCCAAAUUAGAAUCAGACAUGAUAUCAGAAUUACCCUUAGAAGAAGAAACACUUGCAGCCAAGUUUGUUUGGGGACAAGUGCUCUCAGAAAACUUGGCAAGACUUGCUCAAAAUCAUUUUGCAACAAAACAUUAUUUGCUACACCAGGUAUUGCCUGCUGUUGAAAAGGAUCUUGACUCCCUUCAAGAUUAUGCAAAGGAGCUAGAUGGAGAACUUGCAAUGUAUCAAGCAUGGAUAAAUCAAUACAAAGAGAAUAUUCAUGAAUUAGCAAACCAUAUUAUAGACUAUGCAUAUAUAGAUACCCUACGUAAGAACAAUGAACUUGACCGCAUCUUGAAUGCAUUAUGUCCUACCUUAAACACACAAGAAGACCAUCAUUCACCCUUGACUGUUAAGAUGCUACGAUUCCUCUUAUCACAUGAACAAGUAGGAACUGUAUUCACUGGUAUGAGAGACCCACUCUAUGUAAAGGAUGCUGUCUUUGCAGUUAGUCAAGACCCUGUUGACAGUGAAAACUUGCAAGAUGUCUGGCAGUGUCCAAUUGCUUAAUUUAAAACUCAGUGCCGCGUCAUUCUUGCGAUUUUCCAAACCA